CAUGGCCGCCUCGGCCGCCUCUUGUGUAGCGUGUUUGCAUGCGUGUUUGUGUGUGUAGUUGUGCAUGUAGUUUUAUGUUUUUAAUAGAAUCGCAAACAGCACCCUCAUAAUGCCAGUGGUGGAAGAAGUUAAUUUUGCCUAUCACCUGGCUUCUAAUGAGCCAAAUGUGCGUCGUAGAACAGUUUCCAAACUGAUGAAAUGGAUCUCCACGAAGUCUGCGCACGUGAAGACAGGAUUCACUGAAGAGUCUAUGAUGAAGCUAUGGAAGGGUCUUUUCUACUGCAUGUGGAUGACAGACAAGCCUCUUGUUCAACAAGAAAUGGCAGAUAGCAUAUCAGCCCUGAUCCACAGCUUCAGACGUCAAGAACAGACACUCAUGUUCAUUGAUGCUUUCUUUAAGACCAUGGCCCACGAAUGGUUCGCUAUUGAUCGGUAUAGGCUCGACAAGUUCAUGAUGCUGGUGCGUCGAUUCUUCCGCCAGAGCCUGGUGUUCACUCGCAGGGAUGGAUGGACAGACGAAAGUAUCCAGAGCCUCAAUGCUUGUCUCAGCAAGACUGUGUUGCAUCCAAGCAGUGAGGACACACCUGUAGGGUUGAAGACACACAUUGCCGAUAUUUUUCUCCAAGAAUUGGCUAGGAUGCAUGGACAUGAGCUGACAGCAGUGCAAUCAAUGCUAUUUCUUGAGCCUUUCUUCGAGAUUCUAGUUAAAACACCAAGCGUGGUCCUGAGGAGAUCGGUGCGGGAUAACAUCUUCCACUUGAUAAUUGACCUGGAUCCAGGAACUUCAGGACAAGCAGCAAGUGUGGCAUCUGAUGAGGAUGAGGAGGAACUGGUAGAGGAUACAAAGCAGGGAAUGAACAGUGACAGCGAAGAAGAACAUUACGAGGAUGGCAAACUUAUGGGGAAUGACGAGACAAGCGUGGACCUUCCUGCAGUUCCUUUUGACUAUGAGAUGAUUGCAAAUCGUUUCGUUGAAUGCAGCAAGAUAAAGAAGAUGAAGGCUCCCAACCGUAGCAUAAUUGCAAAUCUUGUGAAGAAAUUUUGGGAGCUCUCUCAAGGUGUUAAUCCACUACACAACAUCGACGAAGAUAGUGGUAGUGAAUUGGAAAUUACAGACAGUGCCAUUACAGAAGCUGCACAGAGGUUGAAGGACGAAGAAGAGAAGGAGCUGAUGAUGGAGAGAGAAGAGCUCGCGAAGCUAGCCCGUGCUUCAGCGAAAUCGAAGGGUGGGAAAUUUGGAUUGGAUACUUGCAGUGGCAUUUACGAACAUCAAACCAUGACAGACAGCUCAGAAAGCGGUUCUGAUGCAGAUACUGAGAGUGCUGAUGAGGAGGUAGGCGCGGUACAGGCAAAAAAGAAGUUGAAGCAGAGUACAAAGAAAAGAAGCACAGGAAAGCAGAGUAGGGAAGAUUCAGAUGGUGACAAAUCGGGCGACUCGGACAUGGAAUGUAUUGCUGUAGGCAGUGAGGAGAAGCUUUGGGAACAGUUGCAAGUGACCAAGAAAAAAAAGAAAAAACGUCCAGCUAAAGGAGAGGACGACGACAUGUAUUACGAAGAUGUGUUACGGCAUGAAAACCAGCGCCUGUCUGAUCUGUCACUGCUAACACUUGGAGGAGAGACAGGAGGAGAAAACGAAAGCACAAAAAAGCCGAAGAAACGGAAGAAAGUAGCCAAGGUUGGUUCAGCUCCUGGGGAGUACAGCGUAUCUACCGUGAAGAAAAGGAAAGUAGGGUCGCCUGGUGGGAAUGAAGACCCCAAAGAACAGGUCGUGCCAGUGAAUGAAAGUAGUCCUGGAAUAACAAGUGCAAAAAAGAGGAGGAGAAAGAAGAAGAAACAUGGUCUUCCCACUGGAAGCUGUGAUGCACGUAGUGCUUCUGGCGAUGGAGGGGAGGAAACAAGUUCCACAGAGAGCAUGGUAACGAAGGAUGGACUCACGUGUGGUACUACGCAAGAGGCGGCAGCAAGUAAAGCUCUCAACAUUGAGAGCAAAAAGGUAAAUAAAAGAAAAUCUGUGGACAAUCAAAACACAGCAAAAGGUAAAAAAGUAAAAGGAAAACAAGAGUCUAACUUAAACGUUAAGCAGCUUCCCACAUCAGAAGUAAUUACAACGUCCAGUCACUCUCCUGAUGUUUUGAAAACCACCGCCAAGGCUGGACAAAGAGGUUUACAGAAGCACCAGGAGGAGAAGAAGAAGAAGAGAAGGAAGAAGCUUCUAAAUCUUAAUGACUGCGAAAAUGCUCAGCUGUUUUCCAAGGGCAAGGGUCGGUUGCAGCCCGAGGAAAACAGCUCACGUUCUCCCCUCAAAGAAGCGCAAAAGCCCAUAAAGACAGGUCCUCAAAGCAGUGGCUCCCCUUCGCAGGACGACUGUGGCAGGGAUGUUACCAAGCUGUCUUCUUCACCGUCACAGAAGAGUUUGGAAAAGGAAGACAAAUCAACGAAAGUGGUUGACACGAUAUAUCAAUCAGGGAAUUUAGUGGAGGAGAAUGCUGAAGCCGAUGUUGUUUUGACUCCUAAGAAAGGGUUGAAGAUAAGGAACAAAUUUGCACAGUUUGGCUCAGACACACCAACAGCCAAAUUUGUACGAAGAUCACACCUGAAAGCAGAGACCGAGAGGCCAAAGCUGAAGAAAAAGGCAGCUUUGAAGAGACAGAGCUUUUCCGACUCUCUGACAUGUGGGAAAAAGGUUAAUUUCCUGCUUUCAAGAAACCGGGCUCAAGACCCGAAGGAGUACCUGGAAAGCCUGAAAGCGAGCCCUCAAAUUCCAUUUGAUGCCUCCAAAAAGCCUGUGCAGGGGGUGCUGAAGGUCAGAGAGCAUUCAAAACAGGACAAAUCCUUGAAGUUCACACCAUCAUCCAAGCGCAGGAGAGCAUCAGAUUUCUUUUAAAUGCAUAUAUUACUCUGUUGCUUGAACUGUGGCCAAAUUUGUACAGUAAGUGAGAUUAAAAUAUGUGCCCAUGCCCA